AUGUUUGCUAAAAUUUUACUAGUUGCAGCUGUGAUCGCUAUGGUCAGCGCACAAGACAGUCAUCAUAAGAAACACGAAGGACAUCACGAGGAACAACACGUCGAUUACUAUGCCCACCCCAAGUACGAGUUCGCCUAUGAGAUUAAGGACCCGCACACUCACGAUUUCAAGCAUCAGCACGAACACCGCGAUGGAGACGUCGUAAAGGGCGAGUACAGUCUGCACCAGCCCGAUGGUACCAUCAGGAUCGUGAAGUACCACGCUGACAAAAAGAGCGGAUUCCACGCUGACGUGAAGUACGAGGGCCACGCUAAACACAUUGUUCCUGAACAUCACCACCACCACUGA